CUUUAGGACGCCUGGAGGGAAGAGCCACUGUUGGAUUUACCUCCUGGGGCUCGGCGUUGGCGGGCUCUGCUAGCAGGGCUGGUCUGAGCUCAGCUCCCGGGGGCGGGACCGAGUCGCUCCCUCCGCCCCACAAAUUGCUGCCACUGCCUCAGCCCGGCUCUCAGACGCCGCCGCAUCCCACGGCAGAGGCGGCAGCGAGCUCCAGCCGCGUCGCAGCCCCGUGCUGCAGAGAGGCCAGCAGGCGACACUGCAAGGGACCUGGCCGGGCUCCGCUCACACCUCUCGCGCGCAGCUGGUACGUACCUUGCGGACUGCGAGCGGGUGUCACUGGAGAGAGGAGGAAGGGAAAGGACUCGGGGAGUUGGGGAGACUGAGCGAGCGAACACGGGUCAUGAUAUACUGAAAACCACACAAGAUAAAUCUGGGAGGCAGGAAACCACAAAGACCACGAUCAGACCGUAAGGAUAAAGGUAGGAAAGAAAGAAUUUUGGCAUCGCCCUUCACCUCUCUUAGAAAUAACAGCACAUUUUAAUCAGAGAUUUCACCUGGGCCACAGGCCACGGGCCGCCAUGGAUGUGAACCUUGAUGCCCUUGGGGGUCAAAAGGAAACAAGUGACAGCAGCAAGGGAAGCGACAGCCCAGGAGUCCAGCAAGAUGCUGUGAUGAGGACAGAUUCAUCGGAGAUGACUGAUGUGGAGUCUGUGAUCAGCAGCUUUGCAUCUUCAGCAAGGGCAGGCCGACGCAAUGCCUUACCUGACAUCCAGAGUUCCGCUGCUACAGGUGGAUCCUCUGAUCUUCCCCUGAAGCUGGAGGCAUUGUCCAUGAAGGAAGAUGUUAAAAAGAAGAGUGAAGAGAAAGCACAAGACCAACUGAAAAAGUCCCUAAAUGACGACAAAUGAAGACUUACAAUUUAUCCAGGGUGUUGAUUUUAUGCACAUUGGGAGACAUAGUGGCUGUGGCUUCCUGAAGUGUUUGAUCUGGCAGUAACUGUGGUAAUGUGUGCGUUUUAGGUAAUGCUGUUGUGCUGCUCUGUCCUUAAACCGCAACCAUGAUCCCCAAAUAGGUUAUUAAAAGGUAGUACAUUCAAAUUGCACCCAAGGAGGAACACGCUGUUUAUACAUACAAUGAAGUCCACUGUCUGUCUUGGGAUUUACUUAGUCAGAUGUGGUGUUUAACUAUGUUCUUAUUGAUAUGCAUAAACCAAAAACCUAUUAAUUUAAUACUUUGCAGAAUUUGCAGGAAAUUAUAUUUUUAGUGAGAUGGUAUUAGUAGUAAAAAAAAUCACAGGUAUAAAAUGUGUUUAUUUUUAAUCAAAACUACACCAUAUUUCCCCCAAAAGUUAAGAGAGAUCUGCAAAUAUUGUAGAAGUUGUGACAACGUAAACAUCUCUAGGAUGCUUUUGUCUAAUGUAUUUUGCAGCUAGUCUGUGUAUACUGUGAUCUUUCAUAUGGAUGCACAGAAUGUAAAAUUUGUGGCAAAUUGCUUACGUAAAAUAUGUGUAAUAAAUAAAUUUCACUAUAUUCCUUAA